CGAUGUUGUACAUGUAAUAAUAGAAACCUAGUUCUAAAUUUAUCCUUUAUUGUUGUAAAGAAAGAAUGUAUAUAUUUACUUUAUGCUGAUGGUGGGUUGUGUGUGUGUGUGUAUAUGUGUGUGGGAGGAGGGUAAUAAAAAAAAAAAAGUGAGAUAUAUAUAUAUAUGCUACGAGAAAAAAAGAAGGGAUAUCUUGGGGGAAUAUGGUGGAAAUAAGAAUGCAAAAAAAAAAGAAAAAAAAAACAUUGUUGGCUAUGUACUUUGUAUAUAUAUUGUUGUUGUUUGUUGAAAUCCCUUCUUUGUUGUUGUUGUUUCCCCUCAUCUUUUUUUAUUUUUUUUGUCUUCUCUCCCCCGCACCAACACCCACCCCCGUGUUCUUUUUUUUUGUGUGUGUGUGUGUGUAUGUUAAUUUUUUUUUUUUCUUUGUGCUCUUUUUUUUUUUUUUUUUUUUUU